AUGUCGAACCCGGGUAAUUCGAAACCUUUACGAAUUAAACUUCGAGAUCCGGUUGAAGGGGGCAAGAAAACUUUUGGUACAGUGGGUAUGGAACGCGAAAAGCAUGUAGCCUCCGGUGCGAAAAUCGGAUCUGCGGUAGUAGGUUCACGGACUAUUGGGAAGUGGUGCAAAGUAAGUGGCUCAGAGACCGGAGUCGGCUUGAGCCGUGUAGCCGGCGUCAAAAGCAGUGUGGGGGCGCGCGUUUCAAUGCAGAGAUGGAGCCGAGUAAAGCCGUGGAGCCGACGGCUUGCACGCGGACCGAGGAGGGGAGGAGAGAGAAAGCAGGCCACGUGGGCCUGCUGCUGCCGGUCGCGCGUCAGCGAGGAGUGUAUUGAUGUCAAAGAUGGUGUAAAUGUGCGAAUUUCCGUGAGGCGAGAAAUCAUUGAAUCUUGGAGUGACGAUGUAGAAGCGAGUAAUAAUGUUAAUAUUUGCCCUACUGUUGAUGAAAUGGAUUCCAGUAGACGUCGUUAUGGGCGUCAAGUUGUGGAUUUUGGGAGUGAUAGCGAUGAUUCGAACCGAGCACCUUUGGCGAGUGAUCAUGCGGUGCCUAGUAGUGAACUUGAGCCGACGGAUGAAGAGGAGGAGGAAGAUGAUAUUCCUCCGGGUGACGUUGGGAUUGACACGGGGAGGCAAAAGAAAAAUAAGCCAAUCAAUUUGGACUUAGUUAAUUUUGAUAGUGUAUUGACGGAAGAGCAUUUGCAUUCUAUUCGUCGUUUAUCUGGAGCGCCAAGUAAUGUCGAGUUGUUGUUGCCUCAGAAGGGCGACCGUUUGUACUCGCCACCCGAUGGGUUUCAUACGGUAUUUUUGGGGUACUUGACGUGUACAUCUCAGAUUACUCCGCAUCCGACCUUGUUGAAGGUUUGCGAGGAAUUCAAGAUAGGCUAUAGUCAGCUCAAUCCCACUGUUGUUCUGAUGUUCGAGGCGUUUCACUAUAGAGUGGUUCGAGUAGGUCUUCCAGUUACUGUGAGUUUGUUUAAGGCGUUAUUUACGUUACAUCGGCCCAAUAAGAUGCCUUUCUUUUGUUUCCAUCCUCGCGUUCCCUACCAAUUCCUGAAGAGUGUGAAGUUAUCCUUGGGGGAAUGGAAGACCCAUUUUUUUUAUGUGAGGGCUCCCACUUUCGACGUCCCCAUAGUAUGGAACCCUACGUGCGAGAGUUUCAAGAUGACUGCGAAUAUGGCGAAGAGGAUUGAAGAUUCUAGGUUGUGUGAUGUGGAAUUUGACCCGAGGGUUUUGAUACCAAAGGCGAAGGGUCAGCACCGUAUAUCCUUUUGUUGCAUUGACUUGUGUCUUUGUUUUUUUUUUUGUAGUUCUUUGGUAGUAUAUACCUCAUGUCUCUUAUGUGGUUGUUAUCUUUUGUAGAUGGGGGUAUCACCUUUGCGGCACUUUGAGCUAAGGCGAAUGGGACGUCAAAGAAGGCAUCGAAGAAGGUUCCCGC